AUGUCGAGCCCGGGUGUGGACGGCGACCCCAAGCCUCCAUGCUUGCCUCGAAACGGCCUGGUAAAGCUGCCGGGCCAGCCCAACGGCCUGGGUGCAGCCAGUAUCACCAAGGGCACACCAGCUGCCAAGAACCGGCCCUGCCAGCCACCACCCCCACCCACCCUCCCACCGCCCAGCCUGGCUGCCCCACUGCCACGGGCUGCCCUAGCUGGGGGCCUGUGCCCCCCAGCAGGGCUCCCCCUUGGUGGACCAGCCUCAGUCCCAGUUCCUGGGCCCCCAGUGGAGCGGCCACCACUGGCCACAGAUGAAAAGAUCCUCAAUGGCCUCUUCUGGUACUUCUCAGCCUGUGAGAAGUGCGUGCUGGCCCAGGUGUGCAAGGCCUGGCGACGUGUGCUCUACCAGCCCAAGUUCUGGGCGGGCCUCACACCUGUGCUGCACGCCAAGGAGCUCUACAACGUGUUGCCUGGUGGCGAGAAGGAGUUUGUGAACCUGCAGGGCUUCGCUGCGCGUGGUUUUGAGGGCUUCUGCCUGGUUGGUGUCUCCGACCUGGACAUCUGUGAGUUCAUCGACAACUACUCCCUCUCUAAGAAGGGCGUCAAGGCCAUGAGCCUCAAGCGCUCCACCAUCACCGAUGCCGGCCUGGAGGUGAUGCUGGAGCAGAUGCAGGGGGUCGUGCGCCUGGAGCUGUCAGGCUGCAACGACUUCACCGAGGCGGGGCUGUGGUCCAGCCUGAGCGCCCGGAUCACCUCGCUGAGCGUGAGCGACUGCAUCAACGUGGCCGACGACGCCAUUGCGGCCAUCUCGCAGCUGCUGCCCAACCUGGCCGAGCUGAGCUUGCAGGCCUACCACGUGACGGACACGGCGCUGGCCUACUUCACAGCACGCCAGGGCCACAGCACGCACACGCUGCGUCUGCUCUCCUGCUGGGAGAUCACCAACCACGGUGUGGUCAACGUGGUGCACAGCCUGCCCAACCUCACCGCGCUCAGCCUCUCCGGCUGCUCCAAGGUCACCGACGACGGCGUCGAGCUCGUGGCCGAAAACCUGCGCAAGCUGCGCAGCCUUGACCUUUCGUGGUGCCCGCGCAUCACCGACAUGGCGCUCGAGUACGUGGCCUGCGACCUGCACCGCCUGGAGGAGCUGGUGCUGGACAGGUGUGUACGCAUCACGGAUACUGGCCUCAGCUACUUGUCCACCAUGUCGUCCCUCCGCAGCCUCUACCUGCGAUGGUGCUGCCAGGUGCAGGACUUCGGGCUGAAGCACCUCCUGGCCAUGAGGAGUUUGCGGCUCUUGUCUCUGGCAGGCUGCCCGCUGCUGACCACCACGGGGCUGUCGGGCCUGGUGCAGCUGCAGGAGCUGGAGGAACUGGAGCUGACCAACUGCCCCGGGGCCACCCCCGAGCUCUUCAAGUACUUCUCGCAGCACCUGCCCCGCUGUCUCGUCAUCGAGUAGCGCGGGCCUCCCCGCCCCCGGCGCAGGAAGCCGCCACGCUCCGGGGCGGGACGCCUUCUCCCGGCCCUGCCCUCAGGGGAGCCCUCGCGCCUGCGGCCCAGCGCGGGAGGCAGGGCGAACCUGGUGACCGCCCGGCCCCCGCGCCCCUCCUGGCCCCGCCCGGGCGGGGAGGGGCGGCGGGCGGGCCCAGCCCCACGCACGCACGCACACUCGGGGAC